AUAUUAAGAUAUUUCUAUCAACGAUUAAAAAAUUCAUAUCUACAGUUAAAAACGGGCCUAAUUAAACUGUUACAAAAAUAAUUUUAAUAAUAUUUUUUUCAAUACCAGCGACUUCCUUCUACAGAUCAAGGAGUACAAUAUAGCUAGAUACGUCUUAUUCGAACCGGAAGUAGUCAUUUUCAAAACAUGUCCGUGAUCAGUUGGAGUCUCGGGACGCUAAUGUUCCAUGGAGUUUAUCUCCUUGGUGAUUAUACGUUGGAUAUUUGAAUGAUAAGUGGAUAGCCUCGUGUGAAAAUUUGAAAAGUGUGAAAUCGUCAAAAAGAAACGUAAGGAAUAGCGACGAUUCAUUUGCAGGCACAAGCGCUGGUUUACGCUGAAGCUUGGACUCGAAAUCACACGUGAAACAUGCAGCAGGAAUUUUAUACCUCCUGUCUCAAAAUAAACGGAAUACCUCUUCUCCCACCGCUAAUGACCGAUACCAUCAAAGAGGAAAUGAGAUGUUAUAGGUCCCUAGCGGCCAAAGUGGAAGAAAAUUUGAGGAACAGGCAGCUUGUUAAACGUACCAUUCAAGAUAAAGGUGUACAAGCUGACAUAAUAGAACCAAUAGAUAAAUUAAAGAGUAUUAGGUAUAGCUCGGACAGUGACGUAUCCAGCCAUGGUAUUACCAGCGAUACCAAUACCAGUGACACGCACUCCAAAACAACUAUUGUUGAACCAGUGUCAGAGGUUGCUAGAGAGAUAAAAGAUAAUCAUGAUAUCCAGUCCUCCAUAUCAGAUAUACAACACUCGCAAUUUCAAGUUUGUUUAACAGAAGAUAUUAUUAAUGAUUCAAAACCUGUAAUGAUCAUGGCGGAUCAAAAUGAAUGUAUUACUAUGACAGAAGCAACGACGCUGAAUGAGGACGUGACGUUGUCAGAGAGUUGGAAGCCUGAAAUACCCAGAACACUGGAUAUAGUUCCGAUAACAUUGAGUAAUGAUGAGGAAGAUGUACCUUCCACAGAGGCUUCCAAAGAAACAGAAAAUCCGCCUAAGUUGUCGCGUCAAGGUUCUUACGUAUUAGAUACACCCAGCCCUAUGUUGCUCGCUCAUAUACAUACAGAAUUAACUCAUGAAAAUUACGUUCCCACACCUACCACUAACACAUCACAACGAAAGCAAUGGAACAUUGCACAACCUAAGGUAGAAUGGGAAAACAAACAAUUAAUGAAUAUUGAAGUUUCAAGUAAAUCAGAUGACACAGCGAGAAGCAAACCAACUUUUCAGCAUGGGGAGUCUAAUGAUACGACAGAGCCACAUCAAGUAGAUAUAUCUGCCGAUCGUACUGAAGCGGUAAUCGUUGAAGAAGAUGCGAGCAGAUUAAAUGUCACGCCAACGAAACAUAAUCGUAAAUUUAGUACAAUCGUAGAUUUAGGACAUCUUAAGAAGACAAGUUCCUUAGAAAUAUCAGAGAAAAGUAAUGAUGCUAGUUUAUUAAAUUUAUCAAGUAGAGAGUCCACGGGAGAGUCCACGAAUAGCCCUAAGAUUCAGUUGUCUCGUACAGAUGAGAUGCGGCGUAAAAUGGAAAGUAUCCAAGCACAUCCGAUUAUUAAAAUGAAGUCUUCCCUCACACCUGAUAAACUCUUGACAGUUUAUAAAGAAAUCGAGGAGUUGCACAAGAAGCAGAUGAUGGAAUUGAUAUAUCGCCAGCGAAAAGAACAGUCGUUGCUGCAAGCGGAAUUCCAGAAGCAGCAGUUGCUUCUGUUAGCUGAGAUGCGAAAGUGUGCCUUUGGAACGCCGCGUUCAGAUGCAAAAGCGAAAUCGGCAAGCGGUGAAGCGAGACAAGAAUCGAACGCGAAACAAAAAUCCCCUGGCAAUGUACGCGCGGAAGCACAAUGUAAUAUCAAAUUACCGUUGGCGAACCGAGUGAUUGUGUGCCCAUUAGAUUAUCUCCCCAUGAAAAAUUUAUACCUGCUUAAACAUCAUAAAUCCGUUGCCGCGGACAACUCCCCGAGGACUCUCGAUUUUGAUUUUGCGAGAAAAGUGAGUUUAUGCGAUACUACGUAUAAUAAUAAUAAUAAUAAUAAUAUCAAUAAUAAUGACGAUAACAGCAAUUACGAGUCGCGCGACUUUAUUGUAUAUAAGAAUUCCACUGUCAGUCGGCAAUUAUUUCCCUUAGAUAGCAAUACCACGCAUGUACCGGUGUUAGACACUUCGGUAUACCACGAGAAACACAUACGAGCGGUGAACACCAUCAACGCUUAUACACGUGGUUACUUAGUUCGUAGAUUGAUGCGGACCGAACGCGUUGUCACGUUGAAGAAAGUAUACAAGGAGGCGUUGCAAUGUAUGCUCAAGUUGCACGUUGAUGCGCCCUUAAACUCGGCAGAGGUGGACUUUCUUCAUCGUUUACAAUUACAGUGUGACGCAGCGUCGAUGAAUAUAGUGGAAUUGUUCGCCCAGUCCCCGCCGAAGAGAAUGAAGGUGAUCGCGCAGGAUCGCGAAAUUCGGCAGUCUCGAACGGAACGACCGCUCUCGGCUCGAUCGUACUCGUUCGCCACGCAGAAGACGUUGGCCAGGAAGAACCUAAAGGAAUUCGAGUCCACGAUGGCAAAGUACCAGCGACCGUCAGUCGUUAAAAGAAAUCUCGUCAGGUCUAGGUGCCAAACUUGGACCUCGGAUAUGAGAGACAGACUCACGUCACCGAAUACAUUGCAUCAAGGUAUCAGAAGAAGUACCAGCACGGGGGCCGUUCGAAAGCCGUGGCGAUGACGGGAUAGAGUGCCUUACGACGUUGAUUAAGCUAUUGGAAAGCGAAAUCUCACGUACGAAGUACGAUGUUAUAUUACUUGCAGCGCCUCGCGUUAGCUCUUCCUGCCUUCAAAACAAGCGCGUUAGUGCUUGGUUUUUCUGACGAAUUUAUUUUGUAUUAUUAUCACAUUUCUUGACUGAUGCAUUUAUCUGUGAUACAGUAUAUACAGCCAGCAUAUGUCGCUUCCUAUUUUCGAUUUAAUAAAGCUGAAACGAAAGGAUUUAUUGCGCACAAAACAAAAUAUACAGGCAAUAAAUUGAUUUUAUUAUCCGAAGAUUAAUUCCGCAGAGGGAUUAAUCUUUUUUUCCGUAAUAAAGAACGCUGCUUUUUUACGUUGAAA